AUGCAGUCCUCCCCCGGCAUGUUGACCAAGUUCGAGUCGAAGUCCUCGAGGGCAAAAGGCAUUGCCUUUCACCCCAAAAGACCAUGGAUUUUGGUGGCGCUUCAUUCUUCUACAAUUCAACUAUGGGACUACAGAAUGGGGACCCUAAUUGACCGAUUCGAAGAACAUGAUGGACCAGUCCGGGGCGUGGACUUCCACAAGACUCAACCACUGUUUGUCUCAGGUGGUGACGACUACAAGAUCAAAGUAUGGUCGUAUCAGACUCGACGCUGCCUCUUUACGCUCAAUGGUCAUCUUGACUAUGUCCGCACUGUGUUCUUUCACCACGAGCUACCCUGGAUUCUUUCGUCAUCGGAUGACCAAACAAUACGAAUCUGGAAUUGGCAGAAUCGAUCACUCAUCUGCACAAUGACCGGCCACAACCAUUAUACCAUGUGCGCUCAGUUUCACCCCAAGGAUGAUCUGGUCGUUUCUGCGUCUUUAGACCAAUCUGUCCGUGUUUGGGACAUCUCAGGACUCCGCAAAAAACACUCUGCUCCUACAUCCAUGAGUUACGAGGAUCAGAUGGUCCGUGCCAAUCAGAAUCAGGCCGAUAUGUUCGGUAACACAGAUGCGGUGGUCAAAUUUGUAUUGGAAGGACACGAUCGUGGUGUUAACUGGGUUGCCUUUCAUCCUACAAUGCCACUUAUUGUCUCCGCCGGCGACGAUCGACUAGUAAAGCUCUGGCGCAUGAGCGAGACCAAAGCCUGGGAAGUUGAUACUUGCAGGGGCCACUUUCACAAUGCUUCCGGUUGUCUUUUCCAUCCUCACCAAGACUUGAUCAUAUCAGCUGGAGAGGAUAAGACUAUUCGGGUUUGGGAUCUAAAUAAGCGAACCGCCGUCCAGUCAUUUAAGAGGGAGAACGAUCGGAUCUGGGUCAUAGCAGCGCAUCCUGAAAUCAAUCUUUUCGCUGCUGGCCAUGACAAUGGUGUCAUGGUUUUCAAGCUUGAACGCGAGAGACCGGCUUCUACCACACACCAGAAUUUACUCUUCUACAUCACCAAAGAAAAGCAGAUUAAAUCAUACGAUUUCCACAAGAAUACAGAAAGCCCGACUCUGUUGUCUCUGAAGAAGCUAGGCAGUCCCUGGGUGACGCCCCGGACCUUGUCCUACAAUCCAGCUGAGCGAGCAGUUCUAGUAACGACGCCAGCUGAUGGAGGAUCGUACGAACUCGUCAGUCUGCCCAAAGAUGGUUCAGGCGCUAUAGAGCCAACAGAGUCAAAACGAGGCGCCGGUAACUCUGCCAUCUUUGUCGCAAGAAACCGAUUUGCUGUGCUUGAUGUUUCCAGCCAAUCCAUCGAUAUCAAGGACUUGUCAAAUAAUACCACUCGAUCUUUCAAACCACCUGUUGGAACUAGUGACAUAUACUUCGGAGGAACUGGCAGUCUUUUAAUCAUCACUCCAUCAGCCGUUCAUCUAUAUGACAUCCAGCAAAAAAAGAGCACUUCCGAGUUAGCAGUCAAUGGUGUCAAGUAUGUUGUAUGGUCUGCUGAUGGCUUGCAUGCAGCCCUUCUCAGCAAGCACAAUGUGACCAUAGUUACAAAGUCUCUUGAGCAAGUCAGUACUCUCCACGAAACAAUUCGCAUCAAAAGCGCGACUUGGGACGACACCGGGGUGCUCUUAUAUUCGACUCUGAACCACGUCAAGUACACCUUACUGAACGGUGACAAUGGUAUUGUACGGACUUUGGACCAGACUGUAUAUCUCGUUCGCGUGAAAGGGCGUAAUGUGUACUGCCUAGAUCGCACAGCCAAACCUCGGGUUCUUCAAAUUGACCCCACGGAAUAUCGCUUUAAACUUGCGCUUAUCAAGCGGGAUUACGAGGAGAUGCUUCAUAUUAUCCGCAUGUCCAGCCUAGUUGGGCAGUCUAUUAUUUCGUACCUUCAAAAGAAGGGCUACCCUGAGAUUGCUCUGCAGUUUGUGCAAGACCCGACUACCAGAUUUGAGUUGGCGGUCGAGUGUGGCAAUCUCAAUGUUGCCGUCGAGAUGGCUAAGGAGCUAGAUAAGCCAAAUUUUUGGGCAAGGCUGAGCUCCGAGGCUUUAACGCAUGGGAAUCAUCAGAUCGUGGAGAUGUGUUACCAGAAACUGAAACAAUUUGAUAAGCUGUCGUUCCUGUAUCUAGCUAUCGGUGACCACUCCAAGCUAGCUAGAAUGGCCAAGAUUGCAGAGCACAGGGGUGAUUUCACGUCUCGAUUUCACAACGCACUGUAUCUGUGCGAGAUUGAAGACCGAAUUCAACUUUUGAAGGAAGUCGAUCUUUACCCUCUUGCUUAUAUGACGGCGAAGUCACACGGGCUUAACGAGGAAUGUCAGGCAAUCCUGGAGGCGACCGGCGUUACUGAGGACCAACUUACUGUUCCCCGAUUGGGCAAGCACCUUACCACUCCAAGGCCAGUCGUACCGACCUUUCACGCCAAUUGGCCCACCAAGGCUGGCUCUCAAUCUUUCUUUGAAAAAGCACUUCUCGGCCAAGUUGAAGGUCUUUCCCUAGAUGGCGAAGCAGUUGCAGCCGAACUGGAGGAAAAUUCAGGGGACGAUGCUUCCUUCAAGCGACAUGUCGGCCUAGCAGAAGAUGAUGAUGAAGAUGCCGCUGGUUGGGAUAUGGGCGAUGAUGAUGGACCCGAAGCCGACAGCGAUUUUGUCAAUGUGGACAGUGCCGAGGCCAGUUGCGCCGGUAGCAACGAGGCAGAUCUAUGGGCGCGAAACUCACCUCUUGCUGUUGAUCAUAUUGCAGGAGGGUCUUAUGAAUCUGCCAUGCAGCUUCUGAACAGACAAGUUGGUGCUGUCGCUUUUCUCCCCUUAAAGAGUCGGUUUUUAGAGGUGUAUCGGUCAACAAAAAGCUUCUUACCUGCAUCGCCAGGGCUUCCACCCGUGGUAAAUUAUAUCCGCCGCAACGUCGACGAAACGGACCCGCGCCGAGUUCUCCCUAUCAUCCCGCGAGACUUGGAAUAUCUGGCAACCAAUGAUCUCCAAAGGGGCUAUGACUCGAUGAAAGCGAACAAAUUGGAAGAUGGCGUUAAGCUGUUCAGAGGCAUUUUGCAUGCCAUUCUGGUCAAUGCUGUUUCCAGCGAGGCAGAAGUAAUCGAGGCAAAGAAACUCAUUACUUCUGCAAGUGAGUACACGGUUGCAAUGGGCAUCGAACUUGCCAGACGAAAGCUGGGAUCCCCGGAGGCUUUGAUGCAAGACGCUAUGAAGCUCAAGCGGAGCUUAGAGCUGUCAGCAUACUUCACUAUUCCAAAAAUAGAGGUGCCUCACCGACAGCUGGCCCUCCUUAGUGCUAUGCAGUUGGCUGUCAAGAACAAAAAUUACAACUCAGCUCUAAACUUUGCAAACCGCAUAAUCGCAAACGGCGGUUCUACCAAGAUUGUGGAAAAUGCUCGGAAAACAAAACUUCAAUGCGAACGAAACCCUCACGAUGCGGUGGACAUCGAAUUUGACCAAUUUGCGGAAUUCGAAAUUUGUGCCGCUAGUCACACACCAAUCUACAGUGGUACUUCAUAUGAAGAGUGUGCUUUCGAUGGCUCUAAAUACCACACGAAGUUUAAAGGAACACUCUGCCGUGUAUGUGAAGUGUGCGAGGUUGGUAAGCAUGGCAGUGGCUUGAAGCUAUUUGCUUAG